CCUGCGCACGGCAGAGGAGGUCAAUUGGCGCGCAGCGCGGGCAGCAAAGAAUCGUGAAGCCAUUUUUGUCUGCUUUCUUUUUUCAAGAAGCGCGUCAAAAGUUUGUGGAGGGAGGAGGAGCAAUAAUGUUUGGAAAGAUAAGUGUGGUCCAUGCACGCCCGCCGAAUCUUUUCCCUUUCCGACGGACGUUGCGAACAUCGAAACACCAUCCACACCGCGUCAAGAUGUUGUACGAGAUGAUCGGAGUGGUACGGCCUGGCCGCCUCUCCGAAGUCAAAGAAAUCGCGAGAACCGCCGGAAAAAUUGUCCUCGACAACAAUGGCGUCGUGCGCGGCGUGUCCAACUGGGGCACCUUCCUCCUUCCCAAACCCGCGCUCAAGCUCCAAACAACACACCACGCCGGCCAUCACUUCAUUAUGCGCUUCGACGCCAGCGCCAACUCACAGCAUUUGCUCCGUCGUACCAUGAGUUUGGAUCCUCGUUUGAUCAGAUACUCGAUUGUGAAGAUAGGAACCAAAUUCGAAGAUAUCAAGGACGUGGAGGGAGUCGCGGAUUUCAAGUCGUCAUAGGCAGGCAAGGAAGGGGGUUGGAACACAAAUGGGUGCCAUAUCAUUGCAUUGCGCAU